AUGGACACCGGUCUAAAGAAGCUAUGGAGCCGUCGAAGAAGCAAGGGUCACGAUGGUAUGCAAGACUCUGGGGUGGGCAGUCUGCGGAAGAGUCAGAGUACCGAUAAAAGUGGUCGGUCCAGCAAAAACAGCCCCCGCGCAACCCAGGGGCAGCAUUACUCGAUAGACCAUGCUUCCAGUGCUGCGAGUCCGAUGUCGACGGCGACCAGCGCUCCGCGACUGGGGUUCGCUGGCAGAAUGCAGGCUAUACCGGACGGCACCUCGAGGCCUUCGACCUCAGUCUCACGGCCCGAUACCUCUGGUACGGAUAGUCUAAUGAGUGCUGUCAAUCGUGCGGCGGAUGCCAUCGCUAUAUCAGACCAACACUAUCGAGACUCAGAGGAUGUUUACUCCAAAACCCAUCUCCGAACUAAGGCUCCGCGAUACGUUGACAUAUUUGCCGUCACCACUUCGGAUGGCAUGACUUCUCCUUCAAAAUACAAUGAAGAUGUUGCAGAACGCAACUUGAAUCUCACACAAGUAGCGCUCGAAAGCUCCCGGAAUGGGUAUUUCUCUUCCUCGAAAUAUCAGGAAGACGUCGCCAUCAGGAAUGCAUCCCCGACGUCGCCUUCAACCAUAAGUGCUAAGGCCUCUCCUUCGGCCUAUCAGGAGGGAUUCGUCCGUUUACACCCCACCGAGCGACCGAACGGUGUGUCAAGCAGGAUCGGCGAAUAUCCCAGGCUAUCUAGAAAACCUGAAGAUCGCCCUAUAUGGACGGAUCAGAAUAUGCAAGGUCCCAAUGGUUCUCACUUUCGCCAACAGAGCGAUCGGACAUUCGAGGGUCAUCAAGCGCAGGAUGCAACACUCGCUCCCGGGCACCAACUCAAAGGACUUGCAUUGACCACUGAGGAUACAAGCCAUAUGUCUCUGAUAGGCCCCAAUGGCUCAGACGCAACUGCGUAUAGGUCUUUGGGGCCUAUCGUCAAACAUGCUGGAAGCCGUCCAAGCCAGGAAAUCGUGCGGAACCAGACUCUUCGCAGCUAUCAGCUUCCACCGUCUGAUGUGUCUCAGACUAGACCAAGUGAACCCCCACAAACUUCACAGUCUAAAAGUGCGAGCUAUAUGAAAGGCACAACUAGUUCGCAAGGAGCUGCAUAUCCUGUGCGGUCACCCUCAAGUCUUAGUAACGGCUCUUCCGUCAGGCGCGCAAUCAAACUUCCAAAUCGCACAAUCCUGGACUUGACUGGGGAUGAUUCAGACGUAUUUUCUGAAAUAACUCCCGAGUCAAACUAUAGCUCAUCCCCUGUCAUCGGAAACGCAACCCUCGACACCUUGCGCAGGAUUCCAGGGUCUGCCGUUAUUGGACCCACAACAGAGGACAGGACUACUGUUUCAAGUUCUCCCCGGGCAAAUACAACCUCUACGCUUUCUGACGAGGUGCGAAUCGAGGCUUCUCAGCUCGCGCAAUCCGAGCAAUUUCGAGACGGUGUUUCAGAAUCAUUGGCCCGAGACGCUCGAGCAAGGUAUCCCCGAUCUACGAGCGCUUUCUCAGCCGUUAACACCAUUGCCACCUCAUCGCCUCGCGCGAGUGUGGUAUUGGAAGCCCUAAGUACAGCGGGAAUUGAUUCUGUUACUGAAGGACAUGGACAAACGAAUGGAUCAACCGCUGAGCAGCAAGUGGUGACAGAGAAACGACCACUGCGCCAACCUUCCAUAGAGAAAGAGUCUACCGAAGACAAAGAGUCAGCGGAGACCCAGGCUGAAGCUGGUCGUCGCUCGAUCCGGCAAGCAUCUGUUCCACGCUCUGAAGCGACCGUCAAUGGAAGCGCUGCCAUGUCUCAGCAGAAGCAAGAAGCUGUCCCUGAUAAAGAACGGCCACAAGCAUCGGAAUCGACGACAUCAUACCUACGAGAGACGUCGUCUAGACCGUCACUUCAGCCACACAGCCAUGAUGUACCUUCCGAUGGUCUGCAUGCAAAUGAUCAAGUGGGUGCAAACAGUAUGCCUGGGGUGAUCACAAGAGAUUUCGCCAACAUGGCAACUAGAUCCACGCUCAGUAGCGUGCCUGAAGACACAGAAUCUGACGGUGCUGGACGUGCGAAAAGACCACAGGUUCGAGAUCAGGGGCGGUCUCAAAGCCAUGACCCAAGCCAUGGUAGACUGUAUCAUGCCGGCCAAGUCCCCAGGUAUAGACCGCCCAUAUUUGCGUCCACGAUCGAUGAGGCUGAACUCGCUCGGAAACAAGACGAGGCUCGUGCGGCGUUGAUCCGACUACAAGAAAGCUUGAACGAGACCUUCCUAGAUUCUGCACCGGCACCUGUAGUGCGGUCGUCGUCAAGAGCUGGGGUGUCGGGACGGACCAUGUCUCCUCACCGCAGCAAUUCUGCGGCCUCAUCGUCCAUCUUCGCGCGGGUCAGGAACAGGUCACCGAUUCCACCAGAGAUCAAGGUCGAAACUGACGAAUCGGCCGCCGACGGUAGAUCCGAGACCUCUUACCAUAAUCUCACGACACUGAGAAUCUCAGAUGGUUCUGGAUCCUCCGGCCUGGCAGGUCAACACAACCAAGAACGUCAAACCCGCAAUGAGAAAGGCAAGCAGAAGGUAGAGGCGGGUCCUGACCCCAACGGCCCAGGCCCGCCUGUUUUCACCCAUGAGAUCGAUUCAAGACGGUCACCGUCACCAUCUCUGCCACUCCCAUCUCUGCUCCUUGACAAGGGACAUGACUCAGGCCCUCAUUAUGGCCGUCAGCAACAGCCUCCGCCGAGCCCGGGUGAAAUCUCACUUUCUAGCUUUCCUAUUCCUGUCUCAUCGCCCCAGCAUUCGGCGACAAGACCGACGAGCAAUAUCACUGGACCAUCUCAGGCCUCCAGUGGAGAACAGCAACAGCAACAUACCCGAGUAUCUAUGCAUUCGCGUCAGAGCAGCAGCAAUGCAGGCAUGCGGCGGCAGUCAAGCCAACGGAGCCAAUCCAGCAGCGCUUCUGCGUUCAGCAUUCCGUAUCAUAUGAUCCCCGGACGAUCGAGUAGCAUUCGAGAUCAGUCAGUAGCGGAAUACUAG